AUGGCCAACAAACACACAGUCUCUACAAACCCAACAAAUAUUGGAUGGCAAAUACAGUCAAUGCCCGAUAUAAACAGCACUUAUUCGAUAGCUAAACAACAAACUUUGGCAACAAAUGCAACUACUAUUGGACACAAACAAUCAGUACAAUCGACACCCACUGUAUCAAACACUCGUUACUCCGAUCAUGGUUUAAUUGCGAAAACAUUGGUAUCACUAAAGAAAAGUCAAAAUAUUAACAAAUCAAAUGAUGGUAACUAUAAAACCCAAUUCCUUGAGAUGUCAGCCAUAGGUUCGGGUGGUUUUGGGACUGUAUUUAAAGUAAAGCAUAGAUUGGAUGAUAAGAUAUAUGCCGUUAAAAAAGUACAAUUCGGGGCUUUUAGUGAAGAAAAGAAACAAAGAAUUCUAAAUGAAGUGAAAAGUUUAGCAAAACUAGACUCAGAUUUUGUGGUAAAGUAUUACAACUCAUGGCUUGAGUCCAAUCAUCUCUUCAUUCAAAUGGAUUUCAUUCCUCAAAGUCUUCGCUCUCUUCUCAACGACAAACCCAUUGUCUUCGAUAGACUACCGGACGAAGAGAUGAAUGUUUUUGAAUACUUUAUUUCAUGUGAAAUAUUUAAGGAAAUUCUAGAAUGUGUUCAAUAUUUACAUGAAUGCAAACCCCCUGUCAUUCAUCGGGAUCUCAAACCCGAUAAUAUACUAAUUGAUCCCAACAUUAGAUCCAAUCGUAUCGUAAAGUUAUGUGACUUUGGUUUGGCAACCAAUCACGACAUAAAUAGCCAUACUGUCAGCGAAUACGGCCACACAUUUGGUGUGGGCACUUUGAAAUACAUGGCACCUGAAGUACAUUUGGGCAAACAAUAUAACCAUAAGGCAGAUAUUUAUAGCAUCUAUGUUAUCGGCGAAGAGCUGUUUAGUAUCGAUCUUCAGGCGUAA